AUGGACUCCACAGCGACGCUCGUCAACCCCGCUCUGCCUACACCCUACUUCAUAACCAGCACUAAUCCAAAGAAUGAGACAUUUUAUGCUCACCCUGGUAUCCCACUGUACACGAUCAACGACGAUGGGAAACAGACAAUGAUCCGCGACCGUCGUACUCCUGGUCGGAUUGUAGCCAUCUUCCACCAGCGAGAAAUUCUCCCAAAUACCAUCUCAUUUCCAGAACGACAUGGUAACGCACCGAUCAACGUUCAAAAAUGGCUCCGAAAAACUAAACUGGCGGACGGAACAACUGCUUUUGUUAUGGGGACCGAUUACGGGCCAUACGUGUGGAAGAUGAUCUCAAGCCAUCACCAAAAGGCAAGCUCUCUCCUUCACAAAAGCGCCUUUCCUCAUCACUGCCUCCGUCCUACAGUGUCAGAUGGAAAGCCUGCAUUCUUACUGGAAUAUGAUGCAGAGCCUUUGCGGGAAGAUAUUCUGGUGGCUUAUCUGCUCCAGAGGCAACGAGUCAUGUCAGAGGACAGGCUUAUCGAUGUCUUUACAUCUUCGCAGAAUCCACUUCUUGAGUUCUUGGCAAUAGUCAGGAUACCGCCAGAUGAUCGUGAGACCGACUUGUCUGCCUAUGAACUCAUCACAAGAGUGUCGAUUUACGGGAUUUACUAA